GCGGGAGUGAGGGAACGAGGGAGGGAGCGAAGGAGGUAGAGAGGAGUGGAGGAGCGCGGGGUGGGAGCGAGCUUGGUUGCUCCGUAGUACGGCGGCUCGCGAGGGAGAAUCCCUAGCGGGCUCGGGAACGGGCAGAGAGGCGGGCGGACGGGCAGGCGGGGAUGGUGUUCGGGGCUGCGGCUCCUGCGUCUCUUCCCGCGGCGUGUGAGCAGCACUGAUUUAUGCUUGGGGCGGCAGCGCGAUCCCGCGCGGAGAUGAGGCAGCAAUUAGGAAGGGAAAAAUAACAGAACCAUGGCUCAGUUUCCAACACCUUUUGGUGGCAGCCUGGAUAUCUGGGCCAUAACGGUAGAGGAAAGAGCGAAGCAUGAUCAGCAGUUCCAUAGUUUAAAGCCAAUAUCUGGAUUUAUUACUGGUGAUCAAGCAAGGAAUUUUUUUUUUCAAUCUGGGUUACCUCAGCCUGUCUUAGCACAGAUAUGGGCACUGGCUGACAUGAAUAACGAUGGAAGAAUGGAUCAAGUGGAGUUUUCCAUAGCAAUGAAGCUUAUCAAACUGAAGCUACAAGGCUAUCAGCUCCCCUCUGCACUUCCUCCCAUCAUGAAACAGCAGCCGGUUGCUAUUUCUAGUGCACCAGCAUUUGUGUCCCUCCAGCAGCAGAAUGGGCUGUGCCUCAGUCCUCAAGACUGAAAUACAGGCAGUUAUUCAAUAGUCAUGACAAAACUAUGAGUGGACACUUAACAGGUCCCCAAGCAAGAACUAUUCUUAUGCAAUCAAGUUUACCACAGGCUCAACUGGCUUCAAUAUGGAAUCUUUCUGACAUUGAUCAAGAUGGAAAACUCACAGCAGAAGAAUUUAUCCUGGCUAUGCACCUAAUUGAUGUUGCUAUGUCUGGCCAGCCACUGCCACCUGUCCUGCCUCCAGAAUACAUUCCACCUUCCUUUAGAAGAGUCCGGUCUGGCAGUGGGAUAUCUGUCAUCAGCUCAGCAUCUGUAGAUCAGAGGUUACCAGAGGAGCCAGCUUUAGAGGAUGAACAGCAACAAUUAGAAAAGAAAUUACCUGUGACAUUUGAAGACAAGAAGAGGGAGAAUUUCGAACGUGGCAAUCUGGAGCUGGAGAAACGGAGACAAGCGCUCUUGGAGCAGCAGCGCAAAGAACAAGAGCGUUUGGCUCAGCUGGAGCGGGCUGAGCAGGAAAGGAAGGAGCGGGAGCGCCAGGAACAAGAGCGCAAACGACAGCUGGAGCUGGAGAAGCAGCUGGAAAAGCAACGGGAGCUCGAACGGCAGAGAGAGGAAGAAAGGAGGAAAGAAAUAGAGAGGCGAGAGGCUGCAAAACGAGAGCUUGAAAGGCAACGACAGCUUGAAUGGGAACGGAAUCGAAGGCAAGAACUUCUAAAUCAAAGAAACAAAGAACAGGAGGAUAUAGUUGUCCUGAAAGCAAAGAAAAAAACUUUGGAAUUUGAAUUAGAAGCUCUAAAUGAUAAAAAACAUCAACUAGAAGGAAAACUGCAAGAUAUCAGAUGUCGAUUGGCCACUCAAAGGCAAGAAAUUGAGAGUACAAACAAAUCUAGAGAGUUGAGAAUUGCUGAAAUCACUCACUUACAGCAACAAUUACAGGAAUCUCAGCAAAUGCUUGGAAGACUUAUUCCAGAAAAGCAGGUACUCAAUGACCAGUUAAAACAAGUUCAGCAGAACAGCUUGCACAGAGAUUCGCUUCUUACACUCAAAAGAGCCUUAGAAGCAAAAGAACUAGCUCGGCAGCGGCUACGAGACCAACUGGAUGAGGUGGAGAAGGAAACUAGGUCAAAACUGCAGGAGAUUGAUAUUUUCAAUAACCAGCUGAAGGAACUAAGAGAAAUUCAUAAUAAGCAGCAACUCCAGAAGCAAAAGUCCAUAGAAGCUGAACGAUUGAAGCAGAAAGAACAGGAGCGAAAAAUCAUAGAAUUAGAAAAGCAAAAAGAGGAAGCCCAAAGACGAGCUCAGGAAAGGGACAAACAGUGGUUGGAGCAUGUGCAGCAGGAGGAUGAGCAUCAGCGGCCAAGAAAACUUCAUGAGGAGGACAAGCUAAAAAGGGAAGAGAGUGUCAAAAAGAAGGAUGGUGAGGACAAAGGCAAACCAGAACCUCAAGAGAAGCUGAGUUGGCUUUUCCAUCCACACCAAGAAUCUGUUAAACCAGCUGUGCAGGCUCCUUGGUCCACCACAGAAAAAGGCCCUCUUACAAUUUCUGCACAGGAGAAUGUAAAAGUGGUGUAUUACCGAGCUCUGUACCCCUUUGAAUCCAGAAGCCACGAUGAAAUCACCAUCCAGCCUGGAGAUAUAGUCAUGGUUAAAGGGGAAUGGGUGGAUGAAAGUCAAACUGGAGAACCAGGGUGGCUUGGAGGAGAAUUAAAAGGAAAGACAGGAUGGUUUCCUGCAAACUAUGCAGAGAAGAUUCCAGAAAAUGAGAUUCCUCCUCCAGCCAAACCAGUGACUGAUUCUGCAUCCACCCCUGCCCCCAAACUGGCUUUGCGUGAGACCCCUGCUCCCUUGGCAGUGACCGCUUCUGAGCCCUCCACAACCUCUAACAACUGGGCCGACUUCAGUUCCACGUGGCCCAGCAACACGAAUGAAAAACCUGAAACAGACAACUGGGAUGCAUGGGCAGCCCAGCCUUCUCUUACCGUCCCCAGUGCUGGCCAGCUAAGGCAGAGAUCAGCCUUUACUCCAGCCACAGCCACUGGCUCCUCCCCGUCUCCUGUGCUGGGCCAGGGUGAAAAGGUGGAGGGGCUACAAGCGCAAGCCCUGUAUCCUUGGAGAGCCAAAAAAGACAACCAUUUAAACUUUAAUAAAAACGAUGUCAUCACCGUCCUGGAACAGCAAGAUAUGUGGUGGUUUGGAGAAGUUCAAGGUCAGAAGGGUUGGUUCCCCAAGUCUUACGUGAAACUCAUUUCAGGGCCCAUAAGGAAAUCUACAAGUAUGGAAUCUGGUUCUUCAGAAAGUCCUGCUAGUAUGAAGAGAGUAGCUUCCCCAGCAACCAAGCUGGCUGUGUCGGGUGAAGAAUUUAUUGCCAUGUACACUUACGAGAGUUCUGAGCAAGGAGAUUUAACCUUUCAGCAAGGGGAUGUGAUUUUGGUUACCAAGAAAGAUGGUGACUGGUGGACAGGAACAGUGGGCGACAAGUCCGGAGUCUUCCCUUCUAACUAUGUGAGGCUUAAAGAUUCAGAGGGCUCUGGAACUGCUGGGAAAACAGGGAGUUUAGGAAAAAAACCUGAAAUUGCUCAAGUUAUUGCCUCCUACACUGCUACUGGUCCCGAGCAACUUACUCUGGCCCCUGGUCAGCUGAUUUUGAUCCGAAAAAAGAAUCCAGGUGGAUGGUGGGAAGGAGAGCUGCAAGCACGUGGAAAAAAGCGCCAAAUAGGCUGGUUCCCAGCUAACUAUGUCAAACUUCUAAGCCCUGGGACAAGCAAAAUCACUCCAACAGAACUACCCAAGUCAGCAGCAUUGCCAGCAGUGUGCCAGGUGAUUGGGAUGUACGAUUACACGGCUCAGAACGACGACGAGCUGGCCUUCAACAAGGGCCAGAUCAUCAACGUUCUCAACAAAGAGGACCCUGACUGGUGGAAAGGGGAAGUCAACGGGCAAGUGGGGCUCUUCCCAUCCAACUAUGUGAAGCUGACCACGGACAUGGACCCCAGCCAGCAAUGGUGUUCAGAUUUACAUCUCUUGGAUAUGUUGACCCCGACUGAAAGAAAACGACAAGGAUACAUCCACGAACUCAUUGUCACAGAGGAGAACUACGUGAACGACCUGCAGCUGGUCACAGAGAUCUUUCAGAAACCCCUGAUGGAGUCUGAGCUGCUGACAGAGAAAGAGGUUGCUAUGAUUUUUGUUAACUGGAAGGAGCUGAUAAUGUGUAAUAUCAAACUACUGAAAGCGCUGAGAGUCCGCAAGAAGAUGUCUGGGGAGAAGAUGCCCGUGAAGAUGAUCGGUGACAUUCUGAGCGCCCAGCUGCCACACAUGCAGCCAUACAUCCGCUUCUGCAGCUGCCAGCUCAAUGGGGCUGCCCUAAUCCAGCAGAAGACGGAUGAGGCCCCGGACUUCAAGGAGUUUGUCAAGAGAUUGGCAAUGGACCCUCGAUGUAAAGGGAUGCCACUGUCUAGUUUUAUACUGAAGCCUAUGCAGCGGGUAACAAGAUACCCACUGAUCAUUAAAAAUAUCCUGGAAAACACUCCUGAAAACCACCCUGACCACAGUCACUUGAAGCAUGCACUGGAAAAGGCAGAAGAGCUGUGUUCCCAGGUGAACGAGGGGGUACGCGAGAAGGAGAACUCGGACCGGCUGGAGUGGAUCCAAGCCCACGUGCAGUGUGAAGGCCUGUCUGAGCAACUGGUGUUCAACUCAGUGACCAACUGCUUGGGACCCCGAAAGUUUCUACACAGUGGGAAGCUCUACAAGGCCAAGAGCAACAAGGAGCUGUAUGGUUUUCUUUUCAACGACUUCCUCCUGCUGACUCAAAUCACAAAGCCCUUGGGGUCUUCUGGCACUGACAAAGUCUUCAGCCCCAAAUCCAACCUGCAGUAUAAAAUGUACAAAACGCCUAUUUUCCUAAAUGAAGUUCUGGUAAAAUUACCCACUGACCCCUCCGGAGAUGAACCGAUCUUCCACAUUUCCCACAUCGACAGAGUCUACACCCUCCGAGCAGAAAGUAUCAAUGAACGGACUGCCUGGGUGCAGAAAAUCAAAGCUGCUUCUGAGCUCUACAUAGAGACUGAGAAAAAGAAGCGGGAGAAAGCGUACCUUGUCCGUUCCCAAAGGGCAACAGGUAUUGGAAGGCUGAUGGUGAACGUUGUUGAAGGCAUUGAGUUGAAGCCCUGUCGGUCCCAUGGAAAGAGCAACCCAUACUGCGAGGUGACCAUGGGAUCCCAGUGCCACAUCACCAAGACAAUCCAGGACACUCUCAACCCCAAGUGGAAUUCCAACUGCCAGUUCUUCAUCAGGGACCUGGAGCAGGAGGUUCUCUGUAUCACCGUGUUCGAGAGGGACCAGUUCUCACCAGACGAUUUUUUGGGUCGGACAGAAAUCCGUGUGGCUGACAUCAAGAAAGACCAGGGCCCCAAAGGGCCAGUUACCAAGUGUCUCCUGCUCCAUGAGGUCCCCACGGGAGAGAUUGUUGUCCGCCUGGACCUGCAGUUGUUUGAUGAACCCUAGGAAGUGGCCCGGGAUGCGCUCAGUGGAUUUCCAGCCUGAGGCUCUAUGUGCUUUCUGGAAAUUGGGUUCCUUUUAAAAGAAACUGCCACUUGGUGUUGAGCCUCAGAGCAAUGGGACAGCAAAGACAGGCCCCUCAAAUCUUCUAGGAAUAAUUCUUGACCAUCCUUCCCCCUCAAACAACCUCCCAUUUUAUGAAACAAAACUGUUUUCCUUUGUCCUCCCUGUAGGUCUUGUCAUGGCUUCUAGGGUGUCUGAAAUCCCAUAACUCUCUUCUGGGUUCACUUGGGAGCCUGGCUCAUCAUUGGGCUUGAGGUGUGGGUCUGGUUACUGUGAAAAAGAUUUAUAAAUGCAAUGUCUGUCUGUGGAGAACUCAUGUAACCUUUCUAUUUCUCACCUCUGCCAGUCCCUUAGUAGACUUCUUGACCUAUAGUGCCGUUGGUAUAUUUAGAAAAAAUUGUGUUGGAUUUGUUGUUUUGAAAUCUCAUUCCCUCACAGGGAAACGCUGCCCAGGAUCUGAUGGUGUGGGGUGAUGGUCUCCUAAUCAGGCACCGGUUUAGCUCUUGAAGAACUGGGCCCUGGAAGGUUCCAGCAUGUGAGCUGUUAUAGCCGUUUCAUUCCCCUCUAGGCUUUGUAUUAAUAUAUGUCAAUGAAAACACACAGGGUGCUGUUGGAUGAGUCCUUUCUGAUUCCCAGCGUGCUUUGAAGAUGGUCAUGGAAGCUCAUUAUCUACAAAGUUAUGCUCUGUUGGAUCAGAUCACUGCAGUUCACUGGGAAGGCAGCUUUAUUACGUCAUUGCGUCCUGGUUUCCAGCCAUUGUUGAAAAUGUUCUUUUGGCUUGGAGACCCUGUGAUGUGCAGGUGACUAGCUCUGAGUCCAUUUUGUGUUCAAAUGCACUGGAUCCCAACUGCUCUGGGAAAUUUCAGAAGUUGGGGUUGAGCCACACCUAGGCUGGCUUUGCUAGGUUCCCAAAAAAGUGGUGUCUUGGAUCCCUAAAGUUUGAAAAGGAAAACUGAUAAGCUGGAAGUAGGGUGGAAAUAUGUGAAGGAAAUAUAUUAUGGGGUGGGGAGAGACCCUAGGAGCAUGCAAGCCCUAAAACUGGGGAGAAAGAUUUAAGACUGCUACAAUUCACCAGGUACAGACCAACCUCUCAGUAACAGAAAUACAUGUGCUUAUUGCCAGAAUCAGGAGUGGAUGACCAUGUACCAAGCUGUUUGGCUUGAAUGCUUCAGUUUUUCCCUUAAAUGCCAGGAGACAGACUGGUUAAUCAGAUAAUAACUUGAUCUACUAAUGAAAAGUGUGGGCCGUAUUUUGUUUGCGUGUUAAUGUUCUCAUAAUUCCAGUUAGUAGAGGUUGUGAAAUGUUCCUUGCAUGUUCUCUUGGUACAGGAGUCUAGCUUUCCUGUGUUAGACAGUGUUCUCUUCAAGUGUAGGUGCCUAGAUUGAAUUAAGAAGUGUUUUCUAAGAUAGUGCCAGCACAGUGGCAGAGUACCUAUGUCUCUGGGAACCAAUGUGUAGCAUUACAACUUCCCACAAGAGCCCUGUCAUGUUUCAAGCAAUUUUUAAAAAGUGUGUGUUGGAAAAGGUCAACAAAGUUUACAUUUCAUACUUUUAAGAAACACUUUAUUAUUUAUUUAUUGAAGAUAGUGUAGAAUUUUGUAUCAAGAACAACAGACAUAAGUAUUUUUUGAAACAAGCAGAUAAUCUCUUUAGUUAGAAACUUUCAACUGAACUUGUUAAGGACCGAGUUCAACUUCAGGCAUGCAUUUGUUUACCACUUCCCAGCAGAAAACAUGGUUAAAAUACUUUAAGUUUAUAUUUUUGAUGUUGUUAAGAAACUUUUAAAUUAAAUCUAUAAAUAGACAUGUAACUCCUGCUUUCCUGUUUCUAUAACCGAUAGUUUGCUCAGUGUAUUUAUGAAGGACAUGUUACCCUAGUAGGAAAAAAAGUAUUAAAUGUGUAAGUGGGGUAGUGCUGGGUAACCAUCACAGUCUCUUUCUUGCUGUUCUCCAUUUUCUUCCUUUACUGACUUUAUUUUCGUGUUUGUGUUGGACAUCGCUGUUCCUAUAAGGGAGGGUGUGGUUAUAGGACAAACAUCUUAUAACUUGUAGGUUUCAGGUCACUUACUCAUAGGGUCCUGUUACUGGAAUUAAUGUAGCAUGAAAUGCAAUGUGUGAGUUGUUUCCCCCUGAUGAGUCUUCUGAGCAUCCUUGAGAUGCUCCUCAGAGUAGCAAGUUCUGGAUUAGUGUCCUUGCAUUUACUGGGGUACUCUGUGACAUGACUGAUCUCAUGCUUAUAGAUGAGUUGGGCUGGCCCUCACACCCAGUUGAUGAGAUGUGCUGGGGAGAGAGAAGCAUGGACGGUGGGUGAAGUCUCAGACCCUUGGCCCUCUAUUCCUUCACCUCUACCAUUUCAACCUUAUGGGCUACAUUGAAUACAGAUGAAAUGCCCUUGCCAAUAAGAAGUCCGACUUCUAGCUCUUUGCUUUCCAAAUACAGGGUUGCUCCAGGCUAUGCCUCUUGGGGUCCUGAGCCCAGCCUUUUAGACACUUGCAAAUGUCCUUCUUCUCAGUCAUACUGCUAGUUUCUCCUGCUCACUCUGAGCUCCUCUCACCCAAGAAGGGGCAUUCCUGGUGGCGAGGCUCUGAUCCUCAGUCAUCCCCGAGAAUUAUCCUAGCGGACAGGAGCCCUUGGGCUGGGCCUUCAUUAGACCAGCUGUCCUGCAGGGACAGUCCAUAUCCAAGGCCCUCUGCAGCAAGGCUUCUGUGGCGGAUAUUUCCUCUCCUAGCAGGUAGAUAGAUCGAUAACAUCGGCUCCAUGAGCCAGGUCUGUGAUCAUGAGAGCCCAAAGACUUAUGUGGCUCACUGAGACCCAGGCCUAGCCUAACUACCAAGAGGGACCUUUGUAGACUAGGGUCACUGGAAAUGUUCAAGAAACCGGGGUGAGGGUUCCUUGUGUGACUGCUUGGAUUACAUUUCUGUCCUCUGCUAGCAGAGGAGAAAACUGCUUCUAAAGAACGUUGUAUGGAUGAGGGAGUAUUCUUUUUCUUCUCUGCUUUUUGAACAAAAGCAUGACCUGGGUACUAUGUGAAAGUACUUUAUUUUAUCUGGGAGAGUUGACUCGAACUUAAUUGGAAAAAAAAUCCCAUCAGAUAAUGGGUAAAUUGAGUAUUUGCAGUAUGUCUUAUCUUGGUGAACUGGUACCAGCAAGGGUCCUCAAGGGUAUGUCUCAGGGGUCCAGGGGAAGCUGAAGGAAAAUUGCAGGUAAGAUUAUCAGUUGCAGGAUGAUAGCAGGUCUGCCCAGCCGUCUCUCCAGGAGUUGGUUGGGGGGAGCAUAAAGCCAAUGACCAUACAGAGUGAGAAUGUUCUAGAAUCUGACAGGGCUGGCUAUCCAGGGAGAAAUAGACAAGGUACCUCUGGUUUUGUGUGAAAGGUGAAAGUCUUACAUUGGCUUUUAGAGUUGGUGAAUACCUUGUGUGAGGAGAAAACAUCUAUCUCUACUCCAGCUUGCCAGUCCCUACUUGGUUGGGCCUUUUUGAUUCAUAGGAAGACAGUUUUUGCAUAACACUUUUAAGAAUUUCCACUAGAGAUAGAAAGAGCAAUAUGAUUCAAUUUGGAUUGAUUUCUUUAUUCUGCCUUCUCUUGUAGGGAUGAGAUGUGCUUUAGGGCCGACCACCAGCACUUUGACAAGGACACCUUGAGACACAAAGGGAUCGUUUCGGGCUUGAGACUGUGUGAGAUUAGCAGUGGGUUUGCUUGUUCUAGAUAUAUUUGCUUUACAAGCAUAGAGCAUCUUAUGCCAGAAAGCAAGGAGAUUAAGAACAAAUGAGCUGGAUGCUCUUGUUGUGCCUAUAUGUAUAAGAGGUUUAGCUCCUACUGGCAGCAGCAUAACAGGUAGCCCCAGAAUCUGUGGUGCACUGAAGCCCUCAGACAGUGGGAGCCCAGCCACCUGGAGGGGCAUUUAUUUGGUAAAACUAAUACCUCUUCUUUGCACCCUGGGAUGCUGCACUGCCCACCAGGGACUUCCCCUUAGUGCCAGGGCUGCCUGGGCCAGCUGCCAGGACUCACCUGGGAGUGCCUUGUGUGUUUUGUUGGGGCCACUCAGUAUUUUGUAAAUAUAUUUGGGGUGUUCAUUCUCCUUCUUUUCCUUGGAGUGGCCCAGUGAAACCAAAUUCUUGUGUUUCUCUACCUUUCUGUUUCGUUGGUUCCAAGAACACAAUGAAGAUGGCUUUUCUGGGAAGCUAUUUUCCUCCCUCCCUCCUUUCUUUCUUCUUUCUUCCUUUCUUUCUUUUUUCUUCUUUUUCAUUUCUUCUUCCCCUUCUUCU